AUGACGGCAUUAGUGGGACGAGCUGCAGGUGAUGAAGUUAGAGAAGCAGUCGGUACAGGUGCAGAAGAUGCUGGUACGCACUUCACACCUAGACACUCCAGAGUCCGCCGCUUCUACGCUGGUGGUGGAGGUCCUGGCGGUUAUGGAGAAUAUGGCGGUUGGGGACCUGGUGGUCCUGGUGGUUAUGGUGGCGGUGGAGGCCCCGUUGGUUAUGGAGGUUAUGGUUGCGGUGGAGGCGCUGGUUGGUAUGGAGGCUACGGCAGUGGAGGCCCUGGUGGUCCUGGCAGUUUUGAUGGCGGUGGAGGCAUUCUCGGUUAUGGAGGCUAUGGUGCUGACGCCGGUAAUGCCGGUGGUGCUGGUGGUGCGGGUGGAGCUGGAACUCCUGCUGAUGCUGGUGGCGCUGGAGCUCCUGGUGGUGCUGGUGGAAGUGGAGGUUCUGCCGGCCACAGGACCGUAACAAGCGUCAUAAGUGGCGGUUAUGGAGGUUAUAGUGCUGGUGACGCUUUCGGUUAUCCUGGCGCUUACGCUGUAGGUUACCAAUUCAGGAGGCCAAUGCCCGGCAAUCCUUGGUUUCCUCAACGCUAA